CUUCUCCUCCCCUACUAAGAUUUCUAAAACCUUGGGUCCUCACCGCCGCCCAUCACUCCGGUGCAAGGGUUUCAAAGUUUUUGCCUCCAGCUGCAGUAUUGUCAUCUAUCCGUGACGUCCCUGGACGUCUAAAACUCACAAUCAUCUGACGAUACAUCUACCUUCGCCUGGUGAACUCUUGGCAGUUUUCUUGGAAACCGGCUCAGGAUGCCAGAGCCCGAAAAGAAAGAUGAGACUCCAAACGGCCAACCAGAGGAAAGUGUUGCCCCAGACAGUAACGGUGUCCCAAUCCAACCUGAGAUUUCCCUGGAGGUUUCUCCACCCCCAGAGGCGGUAGCAGAGGGGAAAGAGCCAGUAGAGACUGAUGGGAAGAAACCCCAGCCGCCAGGGCCUGAGCCGUUACAGGCCGUGGUUGCUCAGGAGCCAAACCGCCUCGACAAUCAUUCACACCCACUAGAGCCUAGUGGCGUUGGGGUGAAAGAGCAAGCAGAGUCUGCUAACUCCUCCGUAAAGGAAGAGGGCACUUGUCCCCCCCCACAACCCGAUGAUGAUAAAGCUGCAGCCACUACCCCGUCCCCAACACCCCCAGCAGAGGAUGGCAAGAAACUCUCAAUUGACCUGCCUAAUGAUAGCGCCCCUGUGCCAGCCACGGGGAGAAAAGACUCAGUGUGGUCUCUGGGAGACGGCCAGGCCCCAGAGGAGGUGGAGAAGCCAGUCGACGCCCCACCGACCUCCACCCUGCUGAUUGAGAGGCCUCAGAGUGGAAGUGUCCCUGUGGGUGGUGACAUCUCCUUUGUGGCCAAGGUAGAAGCCAAAGAUCUUCUCCGAAAACCCACGAUCAAAUGGUUCAAAGGGAAAUGGAUGGACCUGGCCAGCAAAACUGGAAAGCACUUGCAGCUUAAGGAGACCUUUGAACGCCAGACCAAGAUCCACACUUUUGAGAUGCACAUCAUCAAAGCCAAGGACAACUAUGCCGGGAAUUACAGGUGUGAAGUGAGCUACAAGGACAAAUUUGACAGCUGUUCCUUUGACUUGGAGAUUAAAGAAUUGGACACGAGCUCACAGUCUCUUGAUAUCCGAUCAGCUUUCAAAAGAAGCAGUGAAGGACAAGAAGAUGCAGGGGAGCUUGACUUUAGUGGUCUCCUUAAACAUAGGGAGCACAAACAGCAGGAUGAGGGUCCAGACGUGGAUGUGUGGGAGAUCCUGAAGGGCGCCCGUCCAGACCAAUAUGAGAAAAUUGCUUUUGAAUACGGCAUCACAGAUCUGAGAGGUCUGCUGAAGAGGAUGAAAAAGAUGCCUAAAGAAGUGAAGAAGAGUGCAGCGUUUGCAAAGACGCUGGACCCUGCGUAUCAGGUGGACAAAGGUGGAAAGAUCCGCAUGGUAGUGGAUCUGGCCGACCCUACAGUUGAGCUGAAGUGGUACAAGAACGGACAGGAAAUCAGACCCUCUCCCAAGUAUGUACAUUAUCCUCACGUUGCAGUUUUCUGAAGAAAAAGUUCACAUGUUUUAUUCCCUACAGGAGGCAAUUUGCAGUUUAACUAAGCCUGUUUGUAAAAUAAGUAACUCUUCAUGAACAGUCCCUUGAGUCCACUGCACUGUGAUCCAUCAGCAAUCAAAGCCCAAUGAAGAAGCAUCACUCUACUGAUAUUAAUGUGACGGUCACUU